CAACUUGCUGCCGUUGCGCGCACAAGAUUGUUUCAUCGCUACGAGGACAGAUUAAUUAUGUUUAUUUUUCAUCCACAGUCUCGCCUUUCUCUUGAGUUGCAUCCGAACGACCCUGAUAAGGCGUUCUCUGAUAAAUCAAUUGACUUACCAUAUAUACAAGCACUACCCGCCAGGAGACAGAGCUCCCUUCUCCUUUUCCCCUCACUCUUCACUGACCAUCAUGUACUCCUUCCGGUCUCAGAGCAAUCUCUUCCGUCUUCCGCAAGAAAUCAUCAUUCACGUUCUCCAAAAUUUGCCUGCAAGACAGCUCGUCAGAUGCACCGUGGUCAGUUUGUCCCAUUUCGUAUUCUGAGUUGUGCUUCUAUCUCGCCUAUUCCUAACUCGUCUUUUCGCUUUCGCUCUACGUCGUGCCUUUCUGCAACACGUUCUUCGGUCUGCCCUCAGGUCAAUAAAAAGCUCAAAAGGGUUAUAGACUCCUCCUUAGUGCUCCAGUAUCACAUCAAGCUUACUCUAUGUGGAUAUUCGGAUGGAACCCGAUCGCCUCGUCAUCUUGCUACCUCUUCAACAACGGCAACCCGCUUGAAGCGCCUGACGAAACAUAUUGAUUCAUGGAACGACCUUGAUUGGCAAAUGUCGCGUGUGCGAGUCCCACCGGCUGAGAUCUACGAGCUUUCCGGGGGCGUCUUCGCCUCGGUAUAUGAAGAAUUUUUGACAUGUGUUCGGUUACCAUCACACGUGAAGGGUACACCCGCCUGUAAAUGGACUCAUAAUCUGGGCUUUCGGCCUAAGGAUAUCGCUAUGGAUCCUCAGCAGGACCUAUUGGUGCUCGUCCAAUUACAAGAACGGCGGCCGGAGCCGGAUGACAAACCUGGAAUGAUUCAUGCAGUGAGGCUGCAUCUGCGUUCCUUGUCUGAUAAUGGUCCACACGACGAGGCUCUUGGGCCUAUCUUGUAUGGCAUCGAGAAUUUCUCGCACAGGGUUCGAUUUCAGAUCCAAAUCAUGGGAAAGUUAUUGGGAAUAGCCUACUAUGAUACACUAGGAGCCAACUCACAGCUCGAAAUAUGGGAUUGGAGAGAAGGGAGACUUAUUGUUGAACUGGAGAAUUCCCAGAAAGAUAUGGUCAUUUCUUUGGGACUUUCUCGUCCUUCUCCUUCAUCGGUCCAACAUCGUUUAUCCUACCGCGCGAUUCGGGAAAGAUUGAAGUGUACGACUUUUCGCCGAGUGGUGAAGAUGAUUUCAUUGCUCAUCCACGAGCCACCUUUCUACUUCCACCUACUGCUCCUUCCGUAAAUGGCUCCAUGGAGAUCCUUGCCGAGCCUUUACCGUAUAGACACCCAGGGCAUGUCGAAUCCGCUGCGGGGACUUACUCAGCG